AUGGAUUACACAGGGACAAUGGACAAGUUGCCUUUUGUUGUAGAUGAAAAUGUGAAAGUGAAGGCAGUAUUAGACGAUAAUGAUGCUGCUAAAGCAUGGCGUAAUCGUGAUCGCUUGCAUUCUUCAUUAUUAGCUAUUUUUCCUGCUGCAGUCAUUGGUAAACCAGUUACAGUUACACUUUUGGAUGAAACUCGCUUAACUGGACGUUUAUGUUCAUGUGAUGGAUUGAUGAAUUUACAGUUAGAUAGUGGAGUUAUAAUAAGAAAUCCAAAUACCGAUGAAUUCACUUUACUUGAUACAAUCACUAUAUUUGGUCAACGUGUACGUUAUGUGACUGUACCGAAGAUAGUUGAUAUUCCAUCUACACUUACUGAAUGGGAAUCUAAACAUCAAGACAAUGGAAUAUUUAUACCUAGACCAGUGAAAUCAUCAAAACCAUUAAAAGAGAAUCAAAUCAUGAAAACUACAAGACAAUCAUUUCAAAGCACUAAUUCUUUAUUCAAUAAUGUUGAUGAAAAUACUCCAUCCUUGAAAAAGGAUGAUUUAGAAAAUUUUGCAUCUAUUGGUGUAAAACCUAGUGGUGAUAAGAAGAUCGAUUUAAUUGUCGCUCAGACAUUGAAGGUACUCAAUGAUAUUUAA